GGAUUGAGCAAUCCAUAAUCGAAUAAUGCCAUUAUAUAUAGCCUGCGAUCGGUGAUAAUGAGUGCGGCGAUGAGUAAUCGAUAAUCGCAGGUGCGAAAUUUGAGUAGCAGCAGCAGCAAUAACACAAAAGCAGCAGCACACCUAAUCCGCCCCGCCUACAAACACACACACAUAGCAGCGAUGGAGGCGUUGGAAGUGGAGGACACCAGCGACGACAGCCUUCCAAUGGGAUUCCCAGAAGUGGGCACCUGGAACAGCACCCACAAUGUCUCCCUAAACGACAUGAAUCUGGAUGCGCGCAUGAUAUGGCUGCUCGCCUCGUUGCUGACCACGAUUACUUGGGUGACGUACAUCACGUUCUACAAUUCACGAGUGAUUGGAAUGCUGAUCACGAAGAUCGCCAAUCGCUGGUUCAUCAAGGGUGCGUACUUUAAGAUCGGUUCGGUGGCCCUUAAUCCGCUGGCUGGGAAGAUCAUGUUCCGGGACUUUGUGUAUAUAACCUAUGACUACACGGUGCGAGCGCAGGACGGAUACUUUAUAUUUCGCUGGUGGCGCUCCUACGUGCCAAAGGAUGUCUCUGAGGAUCUUUCCCACUCGGACACCCGUUUAUCGGUCCAACUAAAUGGCUACGAGCUGCACAUAUACAACAGAUCCGAUUUGUACGACACGCUGGAGAAGACCUUUGGACUGGAGCCAUCGCUGCUCAUACCAACUGAUGUGGUGAGCAAUGAGGAGAGGAACAAGUUGAAGGAGCACCACAUGAAUCUGGAGAAUGCGCGUCAGAGCCAGAGGAUCCAGAACGUGAAGAACUCGGAGGCCAUGCAGGCCACCACUUGGCGGGAUUUGAUUCCGGUCAUCAAGAUUGACGUCUGCUCCGGCCGCUUUGUCUUCGGAAACCGUUUGACGCCGACUACUCUCUCGAUUUCGGUGGAGGAAGCCCAUUGCACCUACAGCACAAAACCAGCUGUCUGCAGAUUGGAUCACUUUAUGCACUUUGUGAAAGCAAAAGUGGAGAACGCCAAAGUGCUGUUCUGUCCGAGUCCGAAGUAUACGGGUUUGAUUGAUGAACCACCUCGAUAUAUGGGCGAAGGCUUUGUGGUGAUGAUGUCCAACCAAAUGGAUCUGUACUUCUACAUGGAUGAACCGGGAGUUGUGCCGGAGCAACCUGUACAAAUCGUCCUGCCCAACGGCGAUGUGGUGGAGCCUUCGCCUCCGGUUUGGGGAAUCAAUGCGAGGUGCCUCAAAGGCACGGACUUCAGCUAUGGACCCUGGGCAGAUCGUCAAAGAGAUCAUCUGUACAAGUACUUUUACCCAUCGGAUUGGAAGGAAGCGGAAGUGACACCCACUCCUCAGCCUGGGGAACUGCGCAGCUAUCAAUCCUUCGAUGUGACCUUGUGCGUGCUGAACGAAGCCACCAUUGACAUACUCUUUUCGAAGGAGAAAGAGACAAACGCCAUGCACAUAACUGUGGGACCGGCUUCUUAUGUAGAGGUUACGAUUCCGUGGGUCACCCAACCGGAUGGGUAUACUUCCAAGAUCCAGGGACAGCUCUUCCACGUGGAAGCCACCACAUCGCUGCAGUAUCGCAGCCUGGCGGAGUUUGAAUCCCUGGAGUACAAGGUGCGAAUUCACUAUCCCACCAAGUGGAAUGCACCGCAGGAUUGGAGCAUCUCCCUUUCCGGCUGCAAGACGAGUGCUUUCAUUGUGUACAAGCACAAGUGCUUCUUCCAGGAUCUCAUCGAGGAUUGGGCGAAUAAGGCCAGGCCGGAUAUUCUUAGCUUCGUUCCAUACACCUGCAACUUUAGCAUCCGACUGCACGAGUUUGAGAUUCUGAUGCUGUGCAACGAGUACAACUGGAUCGAUUGCAGUAGUGCCAACCAGGAGAACAACCACUUGGCCUUCUGCGGAGACGUUUUCGAGAUGAGUUUCGCCCUGCCCUUCGACGAUUUCCUGCCCAAGACGGUGACUUUGAAGUUCUGGAUCCACGGCGAGGGCUUGGACUUGAGCUUGUACGUACCUGAGGUGUCUUCGGUGCGACCUAUUGUUUUAGCCAUAGAUGAGAACGCAAGACUGCUGACCAGGGAGGGCAAGCUCAUCCGGCGCCCGGAGUUGUACUCGAAAAAGUGGCGCAAGAUUUGCCAGCGCUCUGCCGGUUGGAUCGACUGCUGGGCAGUUCCUAUUCUGGCGCUGUCCAUUCAGUAUGUUUAUCAUCCGGUCCCGCCGUUGGGACCAGAUCCUCAAGCGGAUAUUACAACGCCGGAAAAAGAGGAGAUCCUGCUGAGUCCCAUGCGGAUACCUAAAGUGAGGAAAUCACCAGUGAGCACCUGGCAGCAGCCACCUGAGCAGUAUAGUAAAUUUGAUCCUGGUACGCUGGCUGCAGAUCAUGUUACCGUGGAACUGGAGAUUGGUAGUUCGGUGCUUAUGGCCUAUGGCAAUGUGCUGCGCAACUUCAUCAACCUCAAGGAGAAUAUCUUCGGCGAAGAUCAGAACUUUACGGACAUGGAGCAGUCGAAUGUAAAUAUGAAGGAGCCCGGAGCAGCGCAGCUAAAUCCCAAAGACCAACUACUAGCCAAGGAAAAGGAACUGGCCAACAAAUCCAUUUCGGAAACCCAGGCGCCUGAGGAAAAGCGCAAACCAUUCGAUCCCCGAUUAUAUCGACCUCUGGAAGUGAUGGUUUCUGUGAUUGUUCAUGACAUUCAGGCGCACGUGAUGAAGAACUGCAAUGAAGACGAUCCCCCGUGUCCGGUGGUGUUGAUUGAGCGAUUCGGCUUCGAGAUGAACAAGAAAUACCAUGAAACCACACUGCAGGUGCUGGUGAGUCCGUCGUAUUUACUGACCUCGGAUUGCCUGCAGCGUUCGCAGCGGGAGCAGCACAUCAACCAGGGUCAUCUGAUGCUCUCAGCAGUCCAGGUGAGAGGCCAUGCCAUGUUCAGCAACGAAGGCUGCGCUUUGGACGAGGAUACCCUGGAGUACUCUUGGCUAGUGGAGGUGCAGUUGGGAAAACUUACUGGGAAACUAACCCUGCCGCAACUGGUAAAUGUGGUCACCGGACUGGAGACACUCAUCCUCCUUGCCAUUGACCCGGAAAACUGUUUGAAGUCACCGAAGACCGUAAGGAACUGCCAUCACGGAGUGCCCAGCAAUUUGUGCCCUCAAACCAAGGAGGAGAAGAAGUACAAGUGUCCCUCCUCCGAGGACAUAAAAUACAAAAUGACGCGAGUUUCGGUGGACGCUGUGGACGUCUAUCUGAUAGAGAGUGGCACUGCCUUGCAUGCUUGGAUCUCGCCCAUCCGCCUGGCCAACUGUAAUCUUCACGGCCAGCGUGUCAAAUCUGGGAUCUCCGGCUUGCUGCCCUCCAUUCUACUGCGUUUGUUUAUGCUGCACACGACAAAUUCAAAUUUUAACACCAACACCACGGGCAGCAAUCGGUCGGGCAAACUAAGGCGAGCGGAUCAAGACUCUCUGAAAUCCCAAGAUGCUGGAGGAUCACAUUAUAACACGCAUGGAAGGACGGGAAAGCGCAGCUCAAACUCCUUUUCACGGCGGGAUUCGCGGGAGGAGGCCACCCGCAAGUUGAGGGAUAGUUUCUCGGAAGCACAUGCCAAACGAACGCCGGACACCGCGGAACUUUGUGAGAACUGGGUGGAGGUGGGCUGCACCUCGCUGGGACCCAUUCUGUUAGAAGGAGCUUCCGCCCUGCCCAUUCCAGAUCACGAACUCCACCUCGUGCAGCACAAUUUCCUUCGUGAGCACGACGCCAAAUUCAAGCGACUUUGGUUCUUGUGGUCUCAUAAUGGAAGCGCCCUGUCCUCCGGAAGCGAGAUCUCGCGCUGUGGCUGCAUCGGUGGUUGUGUCUUCUUUGGCAGCAACAGGAAUGGUCAGAAGUUCUUCAAGCCCACGGCUCAGGAUGUUCACGAUAACUACAACAUAGCGCGUUACUUCAUAAUCAACAACAACAAGGACUUUGGUUUCGGCGAGAGCAUUCUCCACCAGGGUCAACUCGUCUUCCACACCCCGCCCUACAGUCUCCACUGCGUUUCGCUCUACGACUCUGCAGACUUCAAUGGUAAGGGCCGUCUGUACAGGCCGGCCGGAGAUCUGCGAAACGGAAGUCUCAAGAAGACGGAUCUCUGUUCUCUGCCCGAUGGCACCAAGUUUAAGAUUGGAGCCUCUGGAACCGCUGGAGUGGAGAAGCCGGACAUCAGUUGUCGAAACAAAUCCCGGGAGAGCAUCGGUUCACCAAACACUUUGGAAAGGAGAAGCAAGCGGUAUCCCUGCACUCGGCAGACUUCCGUGGAGGUGCCCUACGCUCGCCUGCUGGAUAGUCCCUCCAAGAAGCUCCAGAUGCAACAUGAAGCGUCGACUGGCGACGUAGGAAGUGGCCAUCGUCGUGGAUCGGAUUCAAACAGGCUGCGAGUUUCGCCGCCCAAAACGAGCAUAUCCGAUUCCAGACUAACAGGCGAUGUUCUCGAUGAUGAACAUGAGAUACCAGAUGAAAUGUCACACUCGGCACCUCACUCCCAUCCCUUGGAAUUUGAGAUAGCGGAUAUAGCGCUCCAUGUUCAGGGACUUGGAGGAGACCAGCUGCCUCGCGAGGUGCAGCGCACGAUAUCGCUGACAUCGGAGAACCCCUCGGAGAUGUUCUUCUCCGCCGAGGAGGACAUAUCGAAUGUGAUGUCCCAGCGAGGAUCCAUGAAGCAACGGAAUAGUGCAAACAGCGGAUCAGUGGUGCUGUCUGGAAAGAAGCGAUUCUCAUCGGACUUAAGUAUUGGUGCGGAAAACGGAAGCCACACGUUGCCGACGUAUCGCAGCGAUCUGGAGAUCCACGCUCCCGAUGGCAACAAAACACUUCCAAAGCGCCCGCAGAGCACCACCGAACUGAACGAAGACGCGAGACGCAUUCACGGUCUUGCCACACCAAUAAGAAAAAUAACAAAUAUCUCAUCACGACCUGAGUACCGACAUUUUGUUCAUGAUGCUGAUUCUCGCGGCUCUUCCUCUGGCACUCCGUCACUGUCUUCCAACUCCUUCAUAUCGGCCAUGUCGUCGCAGGAGGAUGUGGCGCUGGUCAAUCUGCACCAGCAGGUCAACAGGCCGAUCAUCGACUCGCCAUUGCUGAUGGCCAGCUACCUAAACCACUUGUCGCAGGUGAAGUGCUUCAACUGGAAUGGUUGCUCCUUUCCUCUGGGUCCAGAUGUAUUUUCCACGCCCCUCUUCUCCGAGAACGAAGACGGCGGGUUGACCUAUAUUGGCAGUAAAAUGCUGCCCCACUUUGAUCUCUACUCGUGCUGGCGGGAGAUUAAGGUGGUUCCCCGAUACGAGAAUGCCACUGGCAGCAACAGCUCGGCCACAUUUAUGGGGGGACCCAAGUCGCAUCCCUGGGAUCCGAGUGUGCUGCUGAAGGAGGAGGAAUCGGACAAGACCACGAACGGUUUCGAUGAUGGCGAGUUCAUGAGUCUGCAGGCGGAAGGAGGAGCGGCAUGCACUUCGGUGGUGGCCAGGCUAAAAGGACAACUGAACAUUUUCCUUACACCGCUUUUGCUGGAAGGAUUACAGCGAAUGGUGGAAGCUGCGGUACCAACCAUCCAAUCGAUGCACCUGCUCUCGGUGGUGAACUUCAUCCAUACCUCCUGCAUCGCAAAGGUUAACAACGACAACAUCCUGAAACGGGACCAGAGUUUGAGUUACUGGUCGCAGGUGCACUCCAACUCGAAGCGAUCCACAACAGAACGACACCUUCAGGGACCCGGUGACUCGUUCCUUAGCGAUGUUUACGAGGAGAGUAUAUCGACCAAGACCCAGGGGUUGAUUGUGCUGCCCAAGGUCAGCAUCACCAUGCUGCAGUCCUCCAUUGUAGAGGAGAUUAUCUCGGUGGCAGCGUUGGAUAAUGUGCAGGAUCUAAGCUGCGUCUCCCUGCUUACCUUCUACAUGGAGGGCAUCUCCACGAAGUUCCACCUUGGCAAAACGACGCGCGCCUCCAUGCACAACGUGUAUAUCCAGCAGACGGUCCAAUCGGGCAGCAGUAACAAGAAGGGUGGCAUCAUGAAGGGCACUCGCGCCCUCUUGGCACAUCUUUCAUCUCAAACGCGACCCGACAAUGUCCAGGGAGAGCCCAUCCUUAUCGAGACAUCGGAAAAGCAGCUGGAGGAGCUGGUAAUCACGUUGGAUAUCGGAAGGGCGCAUGCCCAGCUUCGCCGGCUGAAGACCGAGGGGCAAUCCUGUGCCCAGGACUCACCCAUCAUCGUCACCGCCAUUCCAGAACACAAGAGCAAAGUGCUGUUUGAGUGCCUGAAAAUGCCGGAGAGCACGGGUAUCGAAAGCAUUGGCUACAUUAUGUUCGAGUGUGGCUUGGAGGGCGUGGGUGUAAAGAUAGUGAAGCGAUCGCACUUUGAAAAGUCAGAGAACAGCAAAGAGGAGCUGGCCGAAAUGGCCGGAGCGGGUGCAGGAGGUGCGAAUACCGCCGGUGGCUUUAAUCUCAACGAUUUGGUUGGCCAAGGCGACGGAGCAACAGCUAGCGGAGAUUCUGGAGCCACAUCAAAGGCCGAGGCCGCCUGGCGAUUGAUUACCAAGAAACCUCCAACUCCCAAAACGCCCAAGGAAAAGUUUCAGCCCGCCUCGGAUAGCAAUAUUGCGGGAGAUAGCUCCUCUGCAGCUGAACAAAGAAAAUCUACACCCAAACCUCCAGAUGAAGAUGUGGAAAAGGGAACCAGCACUGCGAAUAUUCCACCAGGAGCUCAGAAACCCGCUGCCGGGGCAGGAACCAACUCCAAGGAUGCAUACGACAAGGUUUUGUCCAAUGUCAAGGAAACGGAUAAGACUUCCUCUUGCGUGAUCGAACUAAAAGCGGUUUGGUUCAACUUUGCUGCUCCACCUUGCGUGCCAAUUACCCGCAAGAUUGAUCUGACGCGCUUGGAUUGGAAUCUUUUGAGCACUGCUUCGCCGGCAAUCACGGCAUGGAUGAAUCCCAGCAAUCGCCUGGCUAUCAAGAUCGUAUCCCUGAUGAAGGCUCUCCACACAAGGCAAACGGCUGUGGCUGCUUGUCUCAUGGCGGAGGCCAUGGACAAUGAAAAGAUCCAGAGAAACCCGAAGAUCAAGAAGGUAACAAAAGAGAGUCGCUAUGCCAACAACUACACCCUGCUUUCCAAGACCCUGCAGGAGGAUCCCAGUUGCCAGCUGUGCUACAUCAUGCAGAAGUUGGUCCUGGACGAGGGUGUUCAGAGGAUUGAGCCGAUUUUCAAGCAACACGAUGUGCCACAUUUAAACACUUUGCGACAGGGAAUCAUUGUGUUGAGUCGGCAGUGGAAGAAUACCCUGUACAAUCCCAUCCUGUUCGAGCACCAGUACAAGAACAAGCUGGCCCGACCCAUCAACGUGACCUUUUCGUUCCCCCAAAACGAGGAGGAGGCGGAGAACGAUGAGUGCGAAGGUGAUGUUGAAAUGGGCGCCUUUUCGGGCGUCGGCGAGAAUCCGGAAGAGAGUGAGAAUGCUUUAUUACUUGGGCAAACACAGCAUCAUCGAACUCACAUUGAAAACAAUCAGUACGGAGGUGUUCCUUAUGGCCACGAGGCUGGAAACCAUGGGACAGCCUCUCAGCGAUCUACUUCUACGUCGCCAAAUAUACACCAUCCUCGUCGAGGCCUCAAUAAAGUGCACAGCAAAGCCUCGAAUUAUUCACAUGGCAAUUCAUCUCGUUCCAGCAUUCAGAUGCUGCCCAUUAUUUCUGGGCUAGUUGAAAAGCAGGUUCCGGAAUUCGAAUAUGGAGCCUUGCAAGAGGGCUCCUUGAGUUCCACCAACUCGGUGAAUAAGUUCUGGUUGGGAGCUGAGAACCACAAGGAAGAUUUAUACUUCUGGAUGGCAAAGCAGCAGGAUAACAAGAAGAAACAUUUUGCUGAAAAAGAACACACUCGCCCCGCUCCUCCCAAAAUGCAUGGUCAAGCAGGACAAACUCGCAGUGGCAUUAUGCAGGAUUCCAUCAAGCUGCUGGAUGCCCAUUUGAUCUUUGAACCACUGCUCACUUGCUUAGGAGUGAUGCCUCAACAGAUGAUCAACAAGUUCUCCAAUGCUGACAUCUCUUCACUGGAAAACUUUGGCACAAACCUGUCCCUUAUCGGUACAUUCGAUUCCAUACGAGUGGAUAUUGUGGUCAGCGAGGCUGGUGACAAAAAGAACUCAGCGCAGAAACCAGCCAAGCUGAACAAAAAAUCAAAUGGCGGCAGGGCCUCCAUAAUGAUGGAUACCCCACUGUUCUUAUGCGAACGAGUGGGGGUGGAGUUGGAAGUCCUCAAAAUGUCCGAUGGCAUGGUGGAUCAGGCUCGCCAGAAUGUCAUCUAUAUGUCGCGUCGCCAGUUGAAGAAGCACACCAGCACUGUGAUUAAUUUCAGCCUUAAUGUGAGAUUUAUCUCGCAGCAGGUUAAUAUGCCGCUGUUGAGGUUGCUUCAUCAGAUCUGCAAUAUGUACCAGAAUGUAAAGGAUGCCCAGAACGAGUUCCACGAACAACCUGAGCUGAGUAAAAAGAGUCAGACCAAAGAUGAGUGCAGUUUGGCUUCUGAGCCAACAGACAUCCUAGCUUUUAAUUCAGUCUCAGAGCGUUUUGCUCAUGCGGAGAACUACUCGGAUGAACGAUACGACAAAUUUAACGAAACCAUGCCCACAAUGCUGGCUAGACCGCGUCCUGGAGGCUUGGCCCCCAUCAUCCAGUUGACACCCUCUCCAAAUGCCAAGAACAGACCGCAGAGUUUUGCCCAGAAGCUUCGAUCCACGGGGAAAUCAGUGAAGGGCAAACUGGGCUACACGAAUCUGAAUGAGUCCAGUUCAUCGCCGUUAAGGGAUAGUCCUACCAUGUCACUCCACGAACAGAGCAUACUUAAGAUGACCACCGAGUCGAAGGCUUCGCUUAAUGGAGCUUGUGCCACCAGCGUCAGUGGGGAUUACCAAAACACUCUGACCAAGGCGGGUAUGCCAACAAUGGCUCCAAUGUUGGAGACUCCAAACUGCUGGAAGACCAUCUACCACCUGUUGGAAUUGUACGGCACCAUGCCAGAAACCAAGACGGUGGUUCAAAGGAGUUCCUUGAAUGAGCACAAGAGCAAACCAGCGGGCUUCGGUCACGAUGAGGAUGAUUUGGCCAGUGCUCCAACACCCCUGCCUCAGCACCGCGAGAUGCUUUUGGUGGAUGCACCCUCGCACGAGCGAACGCGUCUGAUUGUCUUUGGCGUGGCCAAGAUCCACAAAACUCGCCUGCUGGCCACGCUCUCCGGUCUUAAGCUGGAGUCGGAGAUUACCACGUUAAACAGCACAGCAACUUGGAGAAAGAAAGCACGUCCUGUCUCCUUAGAGUGCUCGCUUACUGGCCAAGUGGGACGAGCCAUGAUUGUGCUGCUUGAGGGAGUGGCUCCCAGCCAGCAAACCGUUGUAAAGGUGACCGUUGGUAAAAGCCAGACUCUAUAUUCGAGCCUUUCGAAGCGAGGAAAGGAUAAGAACAGCGGACUGCUCUCAAUCGGUGCUGUCAACAUAGACAUCCCACAACAUCCAGUUGCUCUGCACGGAAUGAUGACUCGUAGCUCGAAGCAAUUGUCAUCCACGUUACAGGAGCUGCGAGUCAAGCGUAAUUCGGGUCGAUCUACCCUGCGUUCGCAUACUGCCGAAGAGCCGGAGUCUCCAUUCCAUGCCCGCAACUCAGGAGGAGCUAGCAGCGGAACUGGAGUGGCCAGCGAGAUGCGCGAGCGCACAGUUUCCGGUGGAGCAGGAGCGCAACAGCAACCGCAGCAGGCGGCUCGCCGGGCUGCUCACAUGGCGCAAUCGAAGACAGCAACGGCCCAGCACCAAAAUGGAUUGCUUCAGCCACUUGUCAUGCAGUUCAAUGUGCUGCUGCAAAGUUUGUCCAUUAAUGCGGCUUUGCUUCCUUCACUACAGGCCCAGUAUCGCAUGAACCACGUCAGUUCAAUGGGAGUGACCGGCCAAAGGGCCAAGUUCGUGAUAGAUCUGCCCACGCACACGCUUAGCUUCAACACCAAGAUUCAGAACGAAAUGAAUCUGCCAUCGGAGGCGUGUAUUGGUCUUCCGCCAGUUCACGUCCUGGCGGAAUAUAUUCCAGAUCACCGCCAGGACCACACGGAAAACGUUGAGGGCAUUGUUUUGCGCCAAGGUGGCUACGUAAAUGCCAGUGCCGAGAUUGGAGAGUUCGAGCGCUGCCUGACAACCGAUCUCCUCAACCAUUUGGUCUUUGUGCAAAAGGUCUUCAUGCGAGAAAUAAACGAGGUUCUGCAGAAGGUUUACGGAGGCGAGAAGCCGGUACCCCUGUGGACAGAGGAGAGCGGAGACAAUUCCGGAGCAGUGCAGGAGUCCUCGCUCAAGCGAAUCCUCUUCUCCAUCAACAUUUCGAUGAAACGCAUCCAGCUUACGGCCACAACUCCCUGUUCCUCUGCCGUUCGUUUUGAAACUGGGACCCUGGAGUUGCAGCUAUCAAACCGCGUGAAGAACUUGGGGGAUCUUAGUAAUCGAAAGCUGUUCUUCAAGGCUCACAUCGAUUUCAAUCUGUCCCUGGGUCAGAUUAUUCGCAAUGUAAUUUUCGAUGAGGCGGAGCCGGAGUUCCAGCAGUACGCCUUCUUCCACACAACGAUUAAUUUGAGAAAUGCUUUCCAAGACGAGCUGCUCAACGAAGAUAAGGAGUUGAUUCUGCUAACCCUCAAGAGACCGCUGGUUUACGUUCAACCAAUUGCCGUGGACAAGGCCAUCCUGGUGUGGCUCAACUACAAGAACGCCUACGAGUACUGGGCGGAAAAGAGGGCUAAUCUCUGCAAUGAGCAUACCCAGCACAGCCAAUUCAGUCAGUAUACGGCACAGCAUCAGAACCAGAAUCCUCAGGUGUUCGACCGAGUGGCUUUUGGUCAGAUAGCCAGCUCAAAUCUAUCCACGCUAUUCCUGCAACUCACAGUGGAGGACAUGGGCAUCUGCCUGCCCCUCAAACAGGUUAACACCACGACAUUUGGCUCUCGUUCGUACCAAGAUUUUGACGCCAAGGGUGCUGUUGUGAUCACACUUGAAAACACGAUCAUUUCAGCCUGCAAUUCAGGUGCCUUGGUGUCUAAGGGCAAGUUCCAGGGCUUGUGUCUGCGAUUUGCAGAUGACUUUGAAACCAAUCUGGAUGACUGGAAGCCCAACAGUGCCGAGCCCAUCAUGAACGUUUGCGUAGUGUCCGAGGGAACCUUUGAAGUGUGCUCUCGCACAACAGCCGCCAAAAAGGGUGAAAAUGCCAAGUGGCUGCUAAACGUCAAAUGGCAAAUGGAGGGCGUGGACAUUCAUCUGGAUGUGAAUAUUGGCAAGCAAUUGAGUUCCCUUGGCCAUACGCUUACUAUGCUCACAGGUUUUGAAGAGGAUGAGACCCAAAUGGAGUCACCUGACAGCGAUGAAGGAGAUCAGAGCUGCAGGGAUACGUUUGUGCGAAGGAGAGGCGACUUUGACAACUUGCCAGCGUUUGUCUUCGAUCCCACAAUCGACUCCAAGAAGCGCUCGUUUAUGAUGGAGAAGGAGAUGGCCGAGCAGCUAAAGAUCAUCAAUGAUUUGCGCACCCUGGGAGCAUCGCACAAUACAGUGGCCCAUGAGGAGCGGCGACUGCAGGAGCUCCAAGCUAUCUGCUACAAGUACUUCCGCAGAGAUAUGAUCCAGAAGUGGAAGAGACCCUCGCUGAGAAGAUCUCUGAAGAACUACGGUCGCUCGCAAUCAUACAUCGGAGCGGGAUCUUCGGCAAGUGGCGUUGGAGUUCCCCAAACCCUUGACAAUGGAAGCUAUGCUGGCAGGAGAUUGGAUACAAUUGCCUCCAACGAUGAGAUUUCCAGCUUGCAGAGCACUCCGGCUUCUUGCCAUUCGCGAAGCGCUUCCCUGAAACAUACUGGUGGUGGUGGAGUCGUUGGAGGAGGAAUAAAUGCGCUCGGUAGAGUGACUUUCACGGAAGCUAUGCGCCAGACUUCACUACCCAAUGCGGACACGGAUACGGAGACGGCGGACAAUGAGCUCGAUUGGCGAGGUGACACUACUCCCAGCGAAAUAGAUGUUGAUGGCACCUCCGUGGAGAUGCGACGCAAACACGGUCAUGGUCAGAAACAACCGGAACCCAACAUCGACUUUGAACUAGACAUCAAGGUGCUCGUUAACUCUGGAAAAUGUGUGCUACACACCAAGGACACUGGCGAGGAGCGAGCUCAGGGCUACGCUGGAGGAUCAGGAGCAGCUGCUGGCGGAGUGCCAGCUUCGAGCGUAAAAUCCCAUAAGAGGGAACGGAGCAUAGGCAACGAUUGGGGAAGUCCGACUCCCUCGAGAAGACAAAGGGAUAAGAGCAAGCUGCGCUAUAAUGCCAACGCUCUGCUGGCAGAUCUCACCAUAUUCCACAUCCCCGGUUUGGAUGUUAAGCUUCACUAUCAAUCUAAAACGCUGGCGGAGCAAUUGACUGGAGAUCAGGUGCCGCAUGGUCGCCGUUUGGGCAGCAAGAGAGCCACUCUGUGCGCCUGGAUGACCCUGCAGAGUAUCCCAGAGGAAACUAUCAUAUCACCACAUAUUCUGGAAUUCCUGGAGCAGACUCUGGAGCCCAUUCCAGCACGACAAUCGAACAGUGUUCCGCCGACGCCAUCCCAUAACACAGCCGUUAAUCUGGACAUACUGCCUGCCAACUAUGUGACUUAUGCAUCUUUCCCCGUCGAUGUUAUAGUUUACUUCCACAUGCAACCCUCUACCUUCAGAUUUAGCUGUCUGCCAGUUUCUCGAGUGGAAUGCAUGCUUCAGCUUCCCAGCUUGGAUAUUGUGUUCAGUUCGAAGAGGAGCAGCGAUGAGGAGAACUCAACGCAGCCAGGAAUUCACGCCCAUCCGGAGCAGCAGCUGCCCACUGGCGGACUGAGUGUCACCGGUUGCCUGGCCGACUUCAAUGUGUUCAUCUUCCAUCCGUAUGGUGGCAAAAAGACUUCCAAGGAGACGCAGUUCUCCCCGCUGAGCGACAGUGAACGAAAGGAUUCGUUGAGCAUCAACGUUGAGUUUGUCAAGUUCCACAUUACGCGCUGCAGAAAGGUUUACAUUGAACCGCUUCCCAGCUCGAAGAGAUCCCUCGAUCAGUCGAGAGCUGUGAUACGAUUCUCUACCAUUGUGGAUAUUGGAAGUGCCAGUUUUAAAUACGAUAUGAGGAGGCUAACGGAGAUCUUAGCCUUUCCCAAGGCUUGGUAUCGCCGCAGGAUUGUAAGGCGACUCUUCCUCGGCGAUCUUAGCGUGCAACAGCAACAACAGCAGCAGCAACAGCAGGGAAAUGGAGCUGAAACACCCACUGGCUGUCCACCUGCCACUCCAACCCCAGGUGAGGAUUCUAGUAGAGCCAAGGAUAAAAUGCGCCUGGACUUCGAUGCUCAGCCAUCGCAACAACAGCAAUUGGGACACUUUGGAGCUGUGAGACAGCUGAAGAACCUGGGCAAAUCCUCCAGCGCUGAAUCCUCGGGAACCCCUCCCUCGGAGAAGAACCAAAUCACUGCCUGGGAAACCCUCGUCAUAUUUGCAGUAAACUUCACCAAGCUGAACGUGCAAAUGAACAUUGGUAAUGUGUGUGGCAACGUUGUGUGGCUCACGAAGGAUUUCCAAUCGGAUGGACGACUCUCCAUCGGCAGCACUGGCUACAAGAACAUGUAUGCUGGGAUCUAUUUAGGAGGAUCAGCCCUCGAUGCCAAGGGUGGCAUAGUGGGUGGCAGCUUCGAGGUGAACAAGAUCAACAAACGAUUCCAUAUCAAGGAGGAAGCGGGCAUGGAACCCUACCACACCAUGGGACUGAGUUUUAUGGCUCUGGAACUAAGGCUUGACUACAUGGGAACUUCGGUGCUGAUGACCCGGAUUAGCAGCUUCUCUGCCGCCAUGAAAGAUGAGUGGCGCACUGCCUCCCAAGCGGCAGCAGCUCCCUCACAUGGCAAGGAUCAACCCAGAGCUUUGAUCUUUAUCCACGGCGAUCUUAGCUGGGACCAAUUGCAGAUCAUGAUUAGCAAGUCCACCACCGCAGAUCUGCUGAAGAUGUACUUCAAACUGGAAGAGUUCUUCACGCAGCAGUUUAAGUCCUCGAAGAGGGUGUUCUCCAGCCUGGAACCACGUCUCCAAGAUCGCACUGCCAGCAUCAAGAGGCGUCAGCAGCUCAAGAAGAAGCCGGCCAACGGAGAGCUCGUAGCUCCUGUUCAAAUUCACGGUUUGAUUGGCGAAAAUACGGACGCUCGACAUCAUCGACAUUGGCAGAAACCAUUGGCUCAGGUUGUGGGUCUGGUGGUGCCCUCACUGGUGACCCGUCUGCCGCGACAUGGCAAUGUUCUAGGAGGCACCGUUGAGCUCCGAGGACAGAACAUCUCGCUAGCCUGCUUCCACGGCAUAAACUUUAAGUCAAAGUCGUGGGCGCUGUUUAGCUUGAGAUCCCCUUCCAUUAACUUUGCCACGGAAGCGCGGCAGACCGAGGAUGAAGUGCUGGUCACCCAGACACUUACCUCUUCUUUGGGGCAGACUACAGAGGUGCAGCAGCAACAGAAUCACUCGAUGGCGAUUGUGAGCCGAAUCACCAGGAACAUCAUCUUUCCGCCACAGUUCAAGACUCUAAACGAGUGGUUCCACUAUGCCUUUGCCAACAGCGAGAUUGAUGCUGUCGAUCGCUUCCCCAUGCUGGAGUGCGAGCGAGAGAUUGCCUCCAACUCCAUAGAGCGAACGCGAGCCUCCGGCAGCAGCAGUGCGGCAAAGGCGCAGGAGCACAAUCAUAACCGAGAAGUCAUCUUCGCUCUGCCCAGUCUGCAGCUGCAUUUCAAGACUGAGCACAAACAGGGACCAACCACACCAGAGCCAAGUGAAACCAAGCCAGAAGUUUUGUGCAGCUUCAUUACCGAAUUCGAUGACCACAUCUUUGUGACCGUCGAUGCGGACGCCUUCUUUUUCCUGCACGAUCUCAUCACCUCCUACGUGACUGAAAAGGAGAAGGUGAUUGGAGCUCAGUCGGCGCGGGCAGCCUCGCCAAAUCUCUCGCAGAAGGCCAACCUGAAGCCAUAUCUGACCGACGAGAUACUCAAGGAGAAGAAGGGCGCCUCCAGUACGAAUCUGACUGCCCAUGGCAAGCAGAUGAGUGCCAGCAAGAGCAGCCUGGACCCGCUGCAGGGCAGCCACACGAGCCUAGCGAACGCAACGGCUGCUGCCAAUAUUGCGGGAGCAGCGCAAACAAACACGACGACGACGUCGACCGCCACAACAUCAGCAACAACCUUGUCGCCCGGAGCGACAGCUGGUGGACCAUCGACAAGCGCCUCGAACGACGCCACCGAUGGCAAGCAGCCGCAGCAGGAGGGCUCGGCGCCCGCCUUUGAUCUCGAAUCGUUUGUGCGCGACUGGCGGCACUUUGAGUGUCAGACCUGGCAUUUGGAGCCCACUGUGCGCCUUUUAUCCUGGGCGGGCAAGUCCAUUGAGCCUUACGGCGUGGACUACAUCCUGAAUAAACUGGGCUUCAGCCACGCACGCACCACCAUACCGAAGUGGCUGCAGCGCGGAUUUAUGGAUCCGCUGGACAAGGUGCAAGCAAUGAUGAUGCUGCAACUGCUGCUGAUGGUGCGCGAGAACAAAGUGGAAAGGGAUGGCGGAGCCAGCGGAAGUGGCAAGCAGCAACAGAAACAGCAACAGCAGAACCAUCGACCACCAACGAAUUAGCAGCCAUGGCAGAGAAACAUCUAUGACAAUUGACACUUACCCAAAGUCGUUCGGUUUAGUUUAAGUAGUAGCGAUGUAUAGAUUUUUCACCCCGUGUAAAGUUUUUAAUUAUUUAUUACCCUGGUUGACCUAGCAUGCUUUAAAGUUGAAACUCGCGGUAUUAUUUGGCCAGUAAGGCAGCUUCUUAUCAAAUGUAAAUGGUUUGCUCUCGUUUCCCAUACUUUUUAGGCGUAUCUGUAUACUCUCUUUUUUUAUAGAUGUAAAGUCAAGUGCUUCGUGUAAUUUGCUCAAUUUUGGCGCUUUGUAACUAUCAUUAUUACAUGGUUUUGUUAUUCUAGGAUUUACUAUGCAACAAUGAGCAAAGCAAUUGUGUUUAAACUAUAAGUAGCCCUAAUUGAAUAUACAACAUAAAAACGUGUAAGUCUAUCAAUAAGUAAAGUGAAUAAACUUUCCGAAAUGCGUACCAGAAA